UUCAGUGUUUGCAUAUAAACUGCUGUUGGCCGACCUCCCUGUGGAGCUCCGUGCCUUGCUUUGCUCUGACAAGGCUCGCUCUGUGCUGCCCAGCUCCUAUUCUUUGUUCAGUCUUGAGUUUCUACCACAAAUAUCUCCAGCUAGCAAUCAAACGGACAGAAAUGAAGAGCCCAGGAGACCAAGACAAUGUUUCAGUUUCCCAGGGUUUUCGAGUGAUGUUUUACAUGAUGAAACCCAGUGAAACCACCUUCCAAACUGUCGAAGAGGUGCCUGAUUACGUUAAAAAGGCAACUCCAUUUUUCAUCUCCUUGAUUCUGCUUGAACUAAUCCUCAGCUGGCUUCUCAAGGGGAAGCCACCAGGUCGCCUGGAUGAUUUUCUGACAUCCAUGUCAGCUGGUGUUGUCUCUCGACUUCCAAGUCUGUUCUUCAAAAGCCUUGAAGUGACCAGCUAUAUUUACAUCUGGGAGAACUACAGACUUUUCGAUUUGCCUUGGGAUUCUCAGUGGACAUGGUAUUUAACCUUCCUAGGAGUUGAUUUUGGCUACUACUGGUUCCACCGCAUGGCCCACGAGAUUAAUAUUAUUUGGGCUGGACACCAGGCACACCACAGUUCUGAAGACUAUAACUUAAGCACAGCACUGAGACAAUCUGUCUUGCAGCCAUAUACUUCGUGGAUUUUCUACUCUCCCUUGGCCCUGUUCAUACCACCUUCAGUGUUUGCUGUUCACAUUCAAUUCAAUCUCCUGUACCAAUUUUGGAUCCACACUGAGGUCAUCAGAAGCCUCGGUCCCUUGGAACUGGUCCUUAACACUCCCAGCCAUCACAGGGUUCAUCAUGGCAGAAAUCGUUACUGCAUAGACAAAAACUAUGCCGGCACUCUUAUUAUUUGGGAUAAAAUGUUUGGGACAUUUGAAGCUGAGAAUGAACAGGUUAUAUAUGGUCUAACGCAUCCCAUUGAUACAUUUGAACCAUUCAAAGUUCAGUUUCACCAUUUACUCUAUAUAUGGAAUACAUUCUGGGCCACACCUGGAUUCUUUCAUAAGGUUUCUGUCCUAUUUAAAGGACCGGGAUGGGGUCCAGGUAAACCAAGACUUGGCCUGAGUGAAGAAAUUCCAGAGGUUACAGGACAGGAAGUCCCCUUGUCAUCAGCAGCAUCCCAGCAAUUAAAGAUGUACACCGUCCUGCAGUUUGCAGUGAUGCUGUCAUUUUAUGAAGAGACCUUUGCAAACACAGAGGCACUGUCCCAAGUCACUCUGCUUCUAAGGGUCUCCUUCAUUCUCCUGACCUUGACAUCCAUUGGAUUCCUUUUGGAUCAAAGACCCACGGCAGCUAUUCUGGAAACUCUUCGAUGCCUGAUGUUCCUAACCCUGUUCAGAUUUGGUCACCUAAAGCCUCUUUUUCCAUCCUUGUCAUUUGUAUUCGAGAAAAAUAGUUUAACUCAGUGGAAUAAAUGUUUUGUUGCUUUCCCCUUCAGAUUUUCUUUUCGGUUUGCAUUGCUUUCUGGGGAGUCAGAAGCAUGAGACAACUCACCGCAGGAUCUCGGAAGCAGCCCUAGCACACAGGUCCCUCCAUCCUACAGGUUGCCCAUGGCAUGUCACUGCUACCCAAAGACUGUGGUCUUGCAUGCUGCCUACAGGAACUCCUUAGUUAAUGGAAAUGAAAGUAUGUAUUUACCCAUACUUUAAUGUUUGUUUUAAUAUUGAAAUUAAAGUGAAUUAUACUAUUUGUGAUUACUAAAAGUCAAAUUAUUUUAUAUACAUUGAGGCUGUAUUCACUUUUCUUUUCUGUAGCAAUGACCAUGGAAAGAAAAUGUUGGGCUUUAAACACUUAAGACAUUGAAAAUUACCUUUGUCUUUCUUGGUUUGACAACUGUUUCUUUAACGUUUGCUGAAACUAUACUUAAAUCUCUGUAGUCUUUAAAAUGUGUUGGAGGCUGUAUGAGCUGACAUUUGCCUUUGCCAGCAAUUCAUUUGUAUUUCCACAUUACUUAAAAAUACAUCAAUGUGAUUAAAAUGUUAGAAUUGGAAAGAAUUAGUUUGUUUAACAUACAUCCUUCUAAAAUGUUGAGUCAACUUAUCCCAACAGCUUGAGGAGUACAUUAUAUUUCAUGCUAUUUCAAAUUGACAGAAAAAUGUUAAUAAAAUUUUCUGAACAGAAGUGA